AUGGCAGCCAACGGCAAGACCAAGUUGUCCAAAAAGCUGCUUCGCAUGAAGUUCAUGCACAGGCGACUGGAUUCAGAAACCAAGAAACAACUAGAAACAGAAGAAAAGAAAAUCAUUAACGAAGAGCACUGGUACUUGGAUUUGCCAGAGCUAAAAGAGAAAGAGAGUUUCAUAAUAGAAGAGCAGAGUUUCUUGAUAUGUGAAGAUCUCUACGGAAGAAUGUCAUUCCAAGGAUUUAACCCUGAAGUUGAAAAUUUAAUGCUUCAGAUGAAUGCUGAAAACAAAGCAAAAGAAGUUGAAAAUGAAAAGAUGGAGCUCGAUGUGUCAGAUAAAGAAAUGGCCAGACUCUAUGAGACCUUGGUGGGGACAAUUGGGAGAAACUUUGCCAGAAAAAGAGAUCGUGCCGACUAUGAAGAAGAUGAAAAUGGAGACGUAAGACCAGUGAAACGGUCAGUUCAAGAUUUGUCUGCGGACUGCCUGACGGUGAAGCAGCCAUCAAGCUCAGCCGGAGGAAGCUCCAUUAAAGCAGUGCCACGGGACGGGGAUAAUCAGUUUCAGUUCUGGCGGCUCUCUGGCAGGAGGGACAGUUGCCUCUUGGUCUCUAGUGAAGUUGCCCCUGGUGAACUUUCUUCAAUUCUCCACUUACUUCCCCUGGCUUUAGCUGUUUUUCACAUUUUGCCUGUACUGUUUGAGAUUCUGAAUUUGAAGCAAACAUUUACUCCUUUGCAUUCUGAAUCUAGAAAGCUCCGCACUGAUGGGCUGUUUAUCUUUGCCACCACAACAGCGGCUGCCGCAGUAGCAGAGGAAACGGCGAGCCAUUUUCUGCAUCGGGUGAUGCCGAGAGGGCAGAAUUAA